AUGAUCAACCCGGAAGUUAGCAUUGCGACGGGCGCCGCCCAAAUUUUACUGGACCAUUUUGUUACUAUUACAGAGUUUGACCUGCCAAAGGAGGUGGUGGAAGGGGCACAGUACAUCAAAUUCACACCGCAGGAGGCUCCUCCUUUCCUGCCCACUUCAUUGAGGAUGUCCGAGUCGUCUGCGGCACUUUGGGCUAUGAUAGCGCUCUUCGCCGGCGAGAUAUCCACGCAUCGCUAUAAUUUGCCAACUCAGAAUAUCACGGUUGACGUCUACUCAGCGACUCUGUUCCUCAUGUCAUCUUUCUUGUUCAAAUCGCAAGGAAAGACGAUUGCGGACCCUCAUUUAGUGAACCGCUGUCUGAAGAUGGACCUGGGCAAGAUUAGGGAGGGUUAUCGAGGGCCAGCUACAAAUAUCUACAAAGCCAAAGACGGCAGGUUUUUCCACCUUCACGGCAGCCUCAACACCACGCCAAUAUUACAUAUGCUGGAUCUCCCGCAACACCGACCUGAUCUGGAUGGAAGAGAAAAUUAUGAUCGCGUGCGACAAGUAUAUCGAGAUGCCGUGGCCCAGCAUGACAGCAAAUGGCUCGAUAUUGAAAGCAACGAAUAUUGGCGGGCCGCUGGGACGAUCUGCUACACCAUAGAUGAAUUCCGGGAGACACCUCACGGGAAGGUCAUCUCCCAUGAGCCACUAUAUACGGUGUCCCUUGUCUCUUCUGAGCUUCCACCAGUCCCAUGGGCAGAUGCUCGUGAUGAACGGCAGCCUCCAUUGGCCGGGGUUCGAGUACUUGACUUGAGCCGGGUGGUAGCGACUCCCACUAUUUCUAGCGUGCUGGCUCUCCUGGGUGCCGAAGUGCUUCGGAUCUCCAACGACAAUCUCCCGGAUACGGUAGGCAAGCGGGACACUAGGCUUCAUCUCAAGACUCCGGCAGACAAAGAAAAGUUGAAGAAGCUUGUGGAAGAUGCGGACGUGCUAGUUGACGGAUAUCGUCCGGGUGCUCUGGAAAGAUUGGGAUUCGGCCGCAUAGAGGUACAAGAGACUGCAAAGAGAAGAAAGAGAGGAAUUGUCCAUGUCCGAGAAAACUGCUAUGGAUGGAAAGGAGAAUGGAGUCAUCGAUCCGGGUGGCAGCAGAUAGCCGACGCAGUUUCCGGGGUCACUUGGUUACAGGGCGACUUUCUUGGCUUGAAGGAGCCCGUCAUUCCCCUUUUGCCAAAUUCUGAUUAUCAGACCGGGCUGGGCGGGGCGAUUGCCACCUGUCAAGCACUUUGGAAACGCAACAAGUACGGAGGCUCAUACAAUGUCGAUAUCUCUUUGGUGCAGUACAACUUGUGGUUCAUGAGCCUGGGCAUCCAUGACCAGGAGACCUCCCGCAGAAUCCACGCGUUGAAUCCUCGAUUUGAAGCGCACCAUGACACGGAGCUGACCACUAUGUUGGCACAAGUGAAAGAAGAAUCAAAGAAAAGCCUUGGUGUUGGCCCUGGGAAACUCUGGGAUCCCGCAAGGUUUACCACGAGCCAAAUGCGCUGGGGUAUCCCAAGUGAGAUGGGAUCGCAUCUGGAUUGGAGAAAGAUCAUCCGCUUUGGAAACAAUACUGGGACUAACGGGAUUGCGUUGGGAUAUGAUAGGGGGUCCUGUGCUCCUGGAAGUGACGACCCACGCUGGCUGACGAUCUAA